UUGAAUCCACUGCUUUACACACACACACACACACACCCACACAGUGCAUUAAAGUUUAUACAAUAGCUACCGGGAUUCUUCCUCUGCACGGAAGAGAUGCUGAUGUCUCUGAAAGCUUUUUUGGUUUUAAUAGUUCAUUCUCUAUGUAGCCAGCACUAUGCUCCACUAGACAGCUUUUAAAAAGCAAACCAGUGAGCCAAAUGGAAACUCACUCAGCCUGCAAUUCAGAGGUAUUAAAUUAUUUUUUUAUUUGGAGAGAGAGGGGGAGUAGAGAGGGACAGAAACUCAGAUUAAAUCAUCUUUGGCUUUCCUGCUCAAGACAACUGGCUACUGAGAGAAAGAGACAGAGAGAGAGACAGAGAGAGAGAGAGAGGCUCACACAUACUGACUGAGAUACAGUGGGGUUGGGGAGAGUGCAGAUUCAUCCUGUAGAGAUCUCCCCACAGCCUCAGAGAGAGAAAAGGAUGAAUAUUUUAAAAAGAGAGAAAUACAGAAUGGGAAACACAUAUGUUUUAAGAGGAGAGAGAGGAAGGAUGAUUUAUUGUGGAGCAAGCCAUUGACAAAGCAAGACAAAGACAAGCUGACUGAACAUUCCUGGAAAAAAACAACUGAAAAGAUUGUGGGUUAGGAAAAGAGGGACAGAAGGAAAGAGGACGGAUCGAGAGAUGCAUGCAGUCAACCGUACUCAUUCGAUGGUCUCCUUAGUGUGUACAGAGCCAUGCCCAGUACACCUGUCGCCACAAUGUGACAGCGACCGUCUGACCACGGAGACCAUCACCUAGACAGUCCACAACACUCUAGAUUCCUAUGGCAUUGUAACCUGGCAACAGCAGAUACCUACAGAGCUGUAACUUGGCAACAACCCUGAGUCACCUCAAUCGAAUUGCCACCACUGAAUCGACUCCUCUGAAUCAACUCCUCUGCUGUGAGGAUGCUGAGGGUGUCAAUGGUCCUACUGCAGAGGCAGCUGGUCCUGUGUGUGUGGGUGUGUGUGUCCAGUGCACUAGUGGUCCAUUCCCUGCCAUGGAGCGUCUCCUGCCCGGCAGGGUGUGUGUGUCAGAUCAAGCCCUGGUUUUCCCCCCAGUCAUUGUCCUGCGAGGUUCCAACUGUGGACUGUAACAACCUGUUCCUGACCCAGCUCCCCUCCCCUCUCCCCCUAGACACACACACCCUCUGUCUGCAGAGUAACCUGCUGUCUGCCUUGGAGACACCACUGUUACAGACACUCCCCAACCUCACAGAGCUGGAUCUGUCUCAGAACCGCUUCAGCAGUGUUAGGACACUAACCUCAACCCAGCCCCAGACUCCCUCCCUGCGCUCCCUACUCUCCUUGCACAUGGAGGAGAACCAGCUCCGGUCCCUGCCCCCUGCCGCCUUCUCUUCCCUGCCUACCCUACAGGAGCUCUUCCUCAGCCACAACCAGCUGGCCUCCCUGGCUCCUAGAGCCUUCUCUGGCUUGGGCUCCCUGCUGCGCCUGCACCUCAACAACAACCACCUGACCUCAAUUGACCCCCUCUGGUUCACCACCCUGCCCUGCCUCCAGGUGCUGAUGCUGGGGGGAAACCCAGUGGAGGUCCUCCCUGAACGGGGCUUCCAGGCGCUGGCGUCUCUACGCAGCCUGGUGCUGGGGGGCAUGGGGCUGAAAGGGUUGCCUGAGAGGGCCCUGGAGGGGCUGGACAGCCUGGAGAGCCUGUCCUUCUACGACAACCUCCUCACCACUGUCCCCACACAGGCCCUGAGGAGGCUCCCAGGCCUGAAGUUCCUGGACCUGAAUAAGAACCGUCUGAGUCUGGUUCAGACAGGGGACUUCAGGGACCUGGUCCACCUGACAGAGCUGGGUCUGAACAACAUGGAGGAGCUGGUGGCCAUCGAGAGGGCAGCCAUGGAGAACCUGCCUGAGCUCACCAAGCUGGAGAUCACCAACAACCCCCGGCUGUCCUACAUCCACCCCCAGGCCUUCUUCCAGCUGGGCAGGCUCGAGAGCCUGAUGCUGAACUCCAACGCUCUGACUGCUCUGCACCAACACACUGUCCUGUCUCUGCCCAGACUGAGGGAGGUCAGCCUGCACUCCAACCCCCUCCGCUGUGACUGCCUGUUUCGCUGGGUGGCUGAGGAGCACCCUCACACAGAUGCUGAUGCACACACAGAUACACAGAUGCCACAGGCUGUGAGGUUUAUCCAGCCCCAGGCCACAUUGUGUUCUGAGCCUCCAGAGCUGAGGGCUCGCAGGGUGAGGGAGGUGUCAAUCACAGAGAUGUCAGCCUCCUGCCUCCCCCUCAUCCCCCCUGGCAUCCUCCCCCCCUACGUGGGGGUGAGAGAGGGGGAGAGGCUGGCCCUGCAUUGUCGCGCCCUGGCAGAGCCUCAGCCCACAAUCUACUGGGUCACUCCUUCUGGACAGAGACUGGGAUCAUCCAACAACACCCACAGCCACAAGCCUGCAUCCAGACACUACUCCAAGCCUGCAUCUAGACCCUUCUCCAAGCCUGCAUCCAGACCCUACUCCAAGCCUGGAUCCAGACCCUACUUCAAGCCUCGAUCCAGCCUCAACUCCAAACCUGCAUCCAGACCCUACUCCAAGCCUGCAUCCAGACCCUUCUCCAAGCCUGGAUCCAGACCCUACUCCAAGCCUAUCUCCAGCCUCAACUCCAAGCCUGCAUCCAGCCAGACAUCCAACUACUCCUCUUACCAUUCCCACUUACCCAGCCCAGCAUCUGGUAAUGCCUCUGUCCUCUUUUCCAGCCUCACCCCUUCCUCUCCCCCCCUCCUCUCCUCCCCUGCCUACCGGCUCCUGCCAGAGGGAACAUUGGAGAUCGUCAUGGUGACAUCCCGGGAUUCGGGUCUGUACACCUGUGUGGCUGAGAACACACUGGGGGCCGACACUCACAGUGUGACUGUAGGGGUGCAGGGGCCAGGGAAGGGGUUGAGGCAACAGAUGUUGGAGGGUAGAGGAUAGGGGUUAAAGAAGAGGGUUUUGAGGGAAGGGAGGUCACAUGAGGGCAAGGGUCAAGACAGCAAGCAUGAGGAGCAGCACACAUAUGAGUAAAGCCUAGCUAUAUAAAUAAUGAAUGAUAUUAUACACAUAACAACAUACACACAUACUUGCAGUACAUCGUUUCCAAAGAUACCAUCGCUUCCAGGGAUUAUUUAUAGGAUAGAUAUGGCUACCACUCUUGGCGGGGGUGCGGUUGUAGGUGGUUGUGAAGCCCAAUCCAGGAGGCACAUGUCCUGCCGCAGUUGGGACAUGUUAGGGCUGAAUCUGGAGAUGCUUGUGGGAGUGGUUGGGAGCAUUGGGGCCUGUAAAUAGGACAUAUGACACAGUGGCAGUACAUACGACAGUGUUGUACAGUCAGAUAUGUAUAUAUUUUAUAUAUACAGUACAUUUGGAAAGUAUUAAGACCCCUUGACUUUUUUCACAUUUUGUUAUGU